AUGAGUUCCUUCUUUACAGUCAACAACAACGUUUCGCUCGUCAGCAUCACGAUUGCUCCCAGCACUUAUCUCAUCACUGUGGCUCUUCUUGUUGUCUUUGCUCUCAUAUACGUUCCUCGUCUUCUGGCCUUCCGAUUUCCUAAUCUGGGCAUUCCCUUACCAUCGCUGGCUUCCAUUCUACGGCCAAUACUUGGAGACCCAACAGAUAGCCGACACCACCAACUCAGAACCGACAAGGCUCUUCCAGGAACACCAUUUGGGGCAACUGGUCUUGUCUUUGAGGAUCAGCAACAACUUGUAAUCUCGGGACAGGAUAUUGUCCUUGCGCAGCGUCGCCAUUACCUUCAGCAACAAGAAUUGGCACAGCAGCAUCUUCUCCUCGAGAAGCAAAAGCAAAUUCAGCUUCAAGACAUAGCCACGACAAUGGAUCUCCUCGACAACCUAGACGUCUCACUACAGGACUUCGAUCUCCCACCAAGUCCCUCCCUGCCCCACCAACCAGCUCACUCAGUUCACCGCAGCGAAGCAGCUCUGACAGAAGGGGAUCUCGAGGAAUCGGAGAUCGCUUCCGGGGGAUAUUCGCCCCCAGCGUGGCGAAGGCUGGGAAACGGAGACCGGAGUAGUGGUUUUUGGAGAGGUCCCGAUGAGUUUAUGCGUCGAGGUAUGAGUACGCUAAGGGAGAGCUCACCUGAAUUUGGCGACGACAGUGAGGAUGAUGGGGUCCUUGAAAGAGCCAUUAGGACGAGGCUACCCAUGGGAAGUCAGAGUCCAUUCAAAGGCCGGAGUAUGAGUCCUGAGAAGUCGGACGACCCGACGCUUCAGUUUCAACUGCAGGAGAUGACAAGUCCGGGAAAGGAACUGGGCUUGCAUGAAUCACCAGCGGAUAACUAUAUACGGUUUGCUGUCCGCGCAGAAGUUCAGCAUCGCACCGAACCGAUUGAGGCAGCCAUCAAUUUUAUCCGUGAGCACUACAAGGCGCUCACGCGGACAUGGUCGACAAUAUUCACCACCGUUAUUGUUGCUUUCUUCUCCAUAUCUAUGUUCAAGUCUCUGUUACAGCCCGCUGCCCCACGUCCAGUCGGCGAUCUCGUCAAAGUCGCGGGCCUUGCUCGCUCCUUCGAGCCUCUCAUCUACUACUCCGAGCAUGCGGUCUCCCAGGUACAUGAUCUACAAGCCACUAGUGUUGCUGUCUGGGAUCUUGGCGAGAGCGUACGCACAAGCGAUAUGCGAGACGCUUCUAGAAUCGUGUCAGACUUGGACGCUCUCAGUGAAACCAUGAAAACAUUGGCCAUCGAGAUGACCAAGUUCUUUGCUAGAGUUGACGGAGAUAUUGAUGGCAUCUUAAACGUUAUGGACUGGGCGAAAAUGCAUCUCAACCGUCUCAACUCAUCCCCUUCACCAUCAACAAUUUCUUCAGCCUACGACAACAUUCACAACAUGCUCUCCCAAGCCCAUGUCCUUGAAGAUUCCACUGGUUCACCCACGGCUCUCGGCCGCUUGACCAACCAUAUUUUUGGCCUCUCGAAUCCACAGAGGGAGCAACGCAUGGUGCAACUCCUCUUUACCGAAUUCCUCACUGUCCUCGAGGAUUCUAUCCAGGCUGAGCUACAGCACAGCGUCACCUUGUUCGCCCUCUUCGAAGCCGUCGAUCACCACUUUCUAAACCUUGCUCGUAGCGUCGUCCGUGAAUCCUCUGCCCAGGAAGAGUUACAUGCCGAUACACUAUCCAGUCUCUGGACACGGCUACUUGGCACGCGGGCUGCCGAGUUACGGAAAUUUGAACAGAACCGUAUGUUACUUCGCGAUGUCCGGCAAAAGACGGUACGCAAUAAAGGCAUUCUCGUCGAGCACAACGGGAAGCUCUUGACUUUAAAGGCAUCCCUCGAGACCCUCCGCAGCAAACUUGUUUCUCCUCUUGUUCGUGGCGUCAACUCUACAACGCUCACCCUUGAGGAUCAGAUCCGUGGCUUGAGCGAUGUGAGUGGUUACCUCGGGGAUGUCAGGAAGCAGCAGAAGGGCAAAGUCAUGGAAACCUUGUUUGGUAGUGUUCCAAGCCAAAAGUAUACAAUUGACGACAAGGCCGAUACGGUUGUUAUAAACCCCUUGUGA